UGAAGUUGCUGCUCGUUACCCGUGUUCGCACGAUGGCGCAAAAUGUUAUCAACUCGGGAGCUCGGACAACUUUUAUUCUAUUUAUUACUAUCGGAGUAUUUCACUUAGCGAGCGGCAACGCGCUCGGAGUGCCCGGCAAGCCGGUUAGCAUCGCCUCGGUGAAAUUAGUCGACGAAUCGUCGUUGCCGUCGGAGUUUUCGGUAGCAAAUCCAAAGCCCGGUAAUUCACUUUUCUAUAUUGAGGUUACUGGCGCCGGUAUUACCGAAGAUUUUCCCCUGGUGUUGUCACUCGACCAAAGUUACUGUGAGGUUAAUUACAAUGGGAAUAACCAGCUGCGUCAAGUGUCACUCGACCGUGAUGGAACCCGUGCUAUUUACGAGAUCGACUAUCAACAACCCGAACAAUUUAAGGUUACGACCGUCUAUUUUUGCCUCCAACGGAAAUCACGCCUUCAACAUGUUUGGGUUAACCUGGGCGCGGAUUAUUCCGUCAUAUUAUACGACCGAUCCUCGCUCUCUCGAACAAAGCGGCAGGAUGGGAAAAAAGUUGAUAGCAUACCUCCAGGCGCAGCGGAAACAGAUUCACUUGGACCAGAGGUCAGAAUCGAGGGUCUCAGGAUUGAAUCAGCCGACAAGGAGCCAUUCUUCUCUGAAGACAAUGUGCCGACACUGUACGCCAAUACAAAUGCUGUUAUUCGAUUGUUCGGUGACGGAUUGUCAAGCGAGACAGUGAUUAGAUUCACCGAUGUCGCCGCUGAUCGAGGCGAAAAUUGCAACGAGUUAAAAACACCAGAAUAUCAGGUAUAUGCGCUGGGAAAUAUCACCGGAUUGAUAAAUGUUAAUUUUCCCCCAAAUCCAACGAUGCAUUUUUACAUUUGUGUCAAAGACAGAAGUGACGCAGGGAUUUUUAAACAUCAGGGUCGUGAUUCUUGGAACAUGGUUGACAGUUACGAAAAAAUGUUACCGCUCUGGCUCAGUAUUUGUAUAAUCGUAUUCUGCUUGUCUGCUUCGGCCCUCUUCUCUGGACUGAACUUGGGUCUUAUGUCGAUGGACAGAACGGAAUUGAAAAUUUUAUGCAACACCGGUACAGAAACGGAACAAAAAUAUGCCAGAGCUAUUCAACCGGUCAGAGAACACGGAAAUUAUUUACUUUGUUCCAUUCUUCUCGCUAACGUAUUCGUCAAUUCAAUUUUCACAAUUUUAUUAGACGACUUAACGUCUGGUCUCAUUGCUGUGAUUUUCUCUACUGUGGCAAUCGUCAUAUGUGGUGAAAUAUCCCCCCAGGCUGUCUGUAGCAGACACGGUCUCUGCGUAGGUGCGAAAACUAUCUACAUCACCAAAUUCACUAUGAUUCUGACCUUUCCGCUGAGUUAUCCGAUCAGUAAGUUCUUGGACUGCCUGCUCGGUGAAGAAAUUGGAAAUGUCUAUAACCGGGAACGCCUGAAGGAGCUUGUCAGGAUUACGAGAGAUUAUAACGACUUAGAAAAGGAAGAAGUGAAUAUCAUUUCAGGCGCACUUGAACUCAGAAAGAAGACGGUUUCCGAUGUGAUGACUCGUAUUGAAGACGUCUAUAUGCUAUCCUAUGAUGCUAUCCUAGACUUUGAAACUGUCUCUGAAAUCAUGAAGUCUGGAUUUUCACGUAUACCUGUAUUUGAGGGCUCACGAAAUAACAUUGUCACCAUGCUGUACACCAAGGACCUUGCGUUCAUUGAUCCAGAUGAUAACACACCAUUGAAAACUCUGUGCCAGUUCUAUCAAAACUCGUGUAACUUUGUGUUUGAAGAUGUUACACUGGACGUUAUGUUCAAACACUUUAAAGAAGGACACAAAGGCCACAUGGCUUUUGUUCACAGAGUGAAUAACGAAGGUGAAGGCGAUCCGUUCUACGAAGUAGUCGGUUUAGUGACUCUGGAAGAUGUCAUCGAAGAAUUGAUUCAAGCUGAAAUUAUGGAUGAAACUGAUGUGUUUACCGACAAUCGAAGUAAACGAAGGCGACAGGCUAAUCCGAAGGACUUUACUGUCUUUGCCGAAAAGAAAGAAAACCAACGUAUACACAUUUCACCCCAGUUGACCCUCGCCAUGUUCCAAUAUCUUUCCACCACUGUUGAUCCCUUCAAACCUGAUACCAUAUCAGAAACAAUUCUACGUCGCCUGUUGAAACAAGACAUCAUAUAUCACAUAAAAAUAAAGAAUCGUGAAAAGGCAAGAAACGAUCCAGCUACGGUAAUUUAUCAACAAGGCAAACCGGUAGAUUAUUUCGUUCUGAUACUGGAGGGUCGUGUAGAAGUUACGGUCGGUAGGGAAAAUAUGAUGUUCGAAAGCGGUCCGUUCACUUACUUUGGGACGCAGGCUUUGACCGCCAAUAUCGGCGUUGCAGCGGAGUCACCUAUAAAUGCAAGUCCGCAAACAUUGGGCAGUAUACAGUCGGUGAAUCUAGACUCUAUGCUGCGCCACACAUUCGUACCAGAUUACACCGUGCGUGCAGUUACCGAAGUAUUCUACGUGAGAAUAAAACGGUCUCUAUAUUUGGCAGCAAAACGAGCUUCGCUGUUGGAACGCAGUCAAAAGGAUCCUCAACCUAGCCAGGAUCAAUUUGACGACGAAGUAGAAAAGCUACUUCAUUCACUGGACGAAGAUGACCGAAGUGCCCCGGAAUCACCAAUAUUGUCGAGAUCGAAUAAGGAAAAAGAAAGAGAUAAAGAAAAAGAAAAGGACAGUCAUCAGACACCUCUGCAUGUUGCUGCACCGUCGUCCCCAUUACCAGUGAGUGCCAGUCCUGUUACGAAUGCCAAGUUUAUCUCACCUAAAGGGGGUCAAAUUUACAACGGCGAGAUCAAAGGUUCACCAAGAAAGAUUCAGGAAGAGUCUGGUUCUCAGGUGCCAACGUCUGGUACGGAUCUUGACGCAGAAAUCCAGGCUCGACAGUUAGAAGCUCGUAUUAUAUCUGGAUUAGUAGCACAAGAACAUGAACACGAACAAGAAGAAAGUACUAACUUGUUGCCUAAACAAGAUCGUUCUUAACACAUAGAAAACGGUCGAAAUGGUUCGGCCGUAAUCACAAUCGACGAAGCAACGAAGAAGAAAGAAGGCAACGAGGAACACCAAUUAGCGUGACAUAACCCGAAAAACUAGGUAAUUUGUUUAUCGAAUUGAUCGAUUGUUACGAGGCAUGUCUAAACAAUACAACUUCUAUGUACUUAGCAGGUGAGAAAGUUCGCGCUGAUCUCAUUUUAAUUUUGAAUAAUGCAGGCAAACUUUACCUAGGGGAACGCAAACUUACGGCCAUAGUACCUAUAAAUCGUGUCUUAACUAUUAGUCACUCGAUUCAGAGAGAAAAAAAAUUUAUGCAGUAAAAAAAAAAUUAUUAUUAAUAACAAUAAUAAUAAUAAUAUUAAUAUAAAUAAUAAUAUUAAUAAUAAUAAUAAUAAUGAUAAUAGAAAUAAAGAGAAAGGAACUUUGUCAUUUAGUAGUCUUACUGCUGCUAUAUAUUUGUUUGGUAUUUCUGUAUUUUGUAUUCGAUAAUUUAAAGAAUUCAUUACAAGUAUCUAUAUACAUACAUACAUAUAUACAUAUGUAUAUGUAUAUAUAGGUAUAACAUAUACAAUACGUAUAGCAUUUGUAAAUAUCACAUCUUUUUACUUGCUUCAAUCCCAUUCUAUUUAUUAAUAAAAAUGAAUAUGAAUGGAAUCGAAAUGAAAAAGUACGGAGUAAUUCAGUAAAAACUUUUUGUUACUUAAGACUCUAGAAGAAACUGCAAUUGACGAUGUACAGUUUAUAACAUUAUAUUGUCAAUAUAGUUUAUAAUAUACCAGUGAGUCAACAUGAACGCUGCGGAAAUGAGGCAUAUGCAGAAGUUUUAUCGGAAUGCAAAGACAUUACACUUAAACUUAUAAGUAACCAGAGAUAAUAUUACGUUUUAUUAUCUAGAGAAUUUUGAACAGUAGCACCAGAAUCAGCGAAUUUACGAAUGAGCUUAGACUUUUAAUUUUAUAUUGUAUAUUGUAUUUUAUUGAAUUACUCCGCAUGUGAUGAAAUAUGACUUAAACAUGAGAUUAAUGUAUUUUCCAUUUACAAAAGAAGAAAACGAAAAAAAAAAAACAAAUAACAUUAACGAACCACCAUCCUUUAUUACGUUAUGUCAAACACACAGCCUUAUAAUUCCACGGCUUGGUAUGGCGCGAAUAUUGUAUAAAUGGUAAUGUUGUGUAAUUAUUUAGGGCGUAAAAAAUCACAGAGUACGUUAGAAAGUGAGAUGAAAAUUGCGUAAGAAAGUUAUCCCGACAGUUUGGACAGUUUCUUCAUGCACAUUAUGUUUUUUGAAUCGCAAAACUUUUUUUUUUUUUUCCUUUUUCUCAUACAAACAUCCCGGUAUAACAUCAGAACAUGGUUUCUUGCGAACGUUAACAUAAAACACAUCACUCUUGCGAGUGCGACAGCAUUUAUCCCGACUCCAUUCUCAUACGUUUCUACCUUUCCUAUAUUCUAUUAUUGGGAUUAGUAAAAUCCUGUAAUCACACUAAUGAGUUAUUCAGAAUAAUGAAAUCACCUAAUGCGAAAGUUAUGUUGCAAAUUUACGAUAUUACUUUCGGUGAGACUUCAAGUUUCGAUGACAUUCUAAGGACGAAAUUCACAAUAUUGGAGCUACUCAUAAAAAUUGGUGCAAAAAUUGUUGCUAAUAAGGUAAAGAAAUUAUUUUUCACUGAAAAUUGUGUUGCUGAGUCAAGGCGGAGGUGUUUUUCAAACUUUCGAUCGAGUCAUACAUUCUCACUAAUUAUCCUCUCGUUAGAAUGACAUGAUCACAAACUCGAGUAUAUGCGAUCCUUUUGAGUUUUAUUCACGAUUAUUCGUACAUCGUAUCAGCUCAUCGACGUUUUACUAUUAUAGAAUAAAUCUUGUCAAUAUUUUCUCACUUCAGUUUUUCAGUUCUCCGAAUGUGUGAUCCAGUGAAUAAUAAUUAUACGAUUAACUAGAAGUAAAAUGUAGACUUUUUAUAGUUUCACUUUAAUUCGCUUAUGUACUUUUAUAAUUUUAAAGUUCAAACCUGAGAUUCUGAGAUUAAUUGAAAAUUAACAUGUUUUUUUCUGAUUUCGUAAAACAUGUGAUAGUAUGCAGACACGAAUAAAGAAAGUGGAAAAAGGAGAUAGCGAAAGUGAAAGUGUAUGGGAGGGAAUAAAGAAAGGAGAAAACGAAAUAUCGGCACAAAUAAAAAAUGAAUAAUAACUGAAAACACUAUUAAAACUAAUUACUGCCAUAUUUUAGUAUGUUAUGAAUUGUUGUUGUUUUUACAUUGUAAUUGUUAAUUUAUUGAUAAAUAGUAAAUUAUAACAGACAAAACAAUCAGGCUGGAAAGUAGUUUUUGACUUAUUGUAUUGGCAUCACAAAAUUCUGUCCAAUUGAGUUGGUUGGACAAAAUUGUCGCCGAUAAAACCUUGAAAGCUAUCGGAUAUUCUGCUCCAAAGUAUUGUCUGCGAUAGCCCAGCAACAUUGAAAAAUCUUUGCGAUCGAAAAACGAAAAUGCUUUUGUCUCGACAGUUUAUAAUUACUAAUCAAGUAACAGUUUUCGACGAUGCUACUCGUUUUAUUAUUUUAUUUUUCUUUUCUUCAAGCUUGUUAUUACCGAAUGAGAUGAUCCGUUGAAACGUAUUAACUAAGAUGUAUGAAACGCAUGACAGUUGGUUUUUCACAGAGCAUUUUCUUCCUUGAAUAACAAUAUGAAAUAAUAAUACUGAUUGGUAUGUGUCUGAGUGUAACUGGAAAAAAUUAUUAAUCAUUGCGCUGAUCCAGAUGAUGCAAUUUUCAUUUUCUUGAUUUUUCUGAGUUGUUCAGUGUUUUCUUUGCCAGCCAAAAGCAGAGGAGAGUCACAUAUUCUGUAUAAACAUACGUCGAUAGAAUUGGGGGAAAUGUUAAUACUGUACGUACUUAUUACCAUCGCAGUAGUCUAUAUAUGUUUAAUGGCAAGUAAACGUUUAAAUUUCAAAUUUUAUUCUCAGAAAUUAUGAAAUCAAAAGUUAGAAAUCGACAGAUUAAACGAACCUCUUGAAACUUUAUGCCGAAUUAAAUUUUUAACGGGUUGCAAUUUUUUUCUAGUAAAAUUUAUUACUAUUAUGUACUUAUAAGGAAUCAUUUUAUCUUUUAUAUUUUUAAUAUUUAUCUGUUAUAAUCCAAAAUUAAGGCUGUGCUAUUGACUUUUAAUGUUGCAAAAUUUUAAUGCGUGUUAUACGCAUGCAAGCAAGGUUUAUGGUACUCGUUGGACAUGAGUGGAAAGAAAGGAGAAAAAAAAAAAUGCUGAUGGACGAAAAGAAGGUGAAAAAAAUGGAUUUUUGUGCAAUUUUUUUUAAGUCGGUAGCCUUAUAUCAGCCGAAAACAAAGUUUUGGUACGACACUUCGUAAGUACAGUACUUGGAAUUGAAACUUGGCAAAAGUUUUCUUUCUAUAUCUUCUAACUCACAUCGUUGAGAAGGUGAAAUUUUAAUGUUCAAAGUUUGCCGCGCAUGUUAUAAUAACAUGAUCAUGAAAUGAAGUAUAAAGAAGAACCCAAAUUUCUAAUGCAAUAAGUGUUAAGAGAGUUGUAUAUGUAUAUUUACAGAGAGAGAAAGAAAAAAUUAUAUAACAUACGUAUGGUAGAAUAUAUUGUUG